UAUCCCACUCUGAAGUUUUAUUAACUAAUUAUCUGUAUGUGAUCAGAAAUCAAAACCUACGUACCUUCCUUGCACCUACUUUUUGUGAUGUGUCGCUAAUCCAAUGAUUCCCAUAAAUGGGUUAUUGCAGUACUGUAACAGUGAAGAAUACAGACAGUGCAGAAGUAAGAGUGAUCUAUGAUGCAAAACAAGUUAUAUCAGGACUCCAACCUCCUAUUGUCAAGGAUCCAGAGAGUGUGUGGCCAGCGGAAACGGCUCAUGUUUGGAGUGAGUUGAGCGAAGCCAUCUUAAGCAAAGAGUGGGGAAAAGCAAAAGAAGCAAAGAAAAGUAUAGAAGAAAGACAGAGAGAGCUUCGCAGAGAAAGAGAAUCAAAGGGAGAAAAUUGGGUUCCUAAACACUUUACGGUGUCUUACAGCAAAGAGAAGGGUUGGAACUGUUCCCCAAUUGAAAAUUCGGUCCAAAAUGCCCCUAUCAUCUCCUUGUAAACAUUUUUUAUGUUUCGAAACUGUUACCACCUUUUCCGAGAAACAACGUCGUAUUAAAACAAGGUGGUUUGAUAUUGUGAAAGUCAUCUAUCCAUGGUUGUUAUGAAAAGCAAUAAGUGAAGC